AUGCUCACUAUGAUUCGCGCGACGCAUAGAUCACAAAAAUUGAUCUAUUUACAGAGAGUAUAUCUUUUAUUUUCAUCCGGCAGUACAAUCAACAUUAAUGGAAUAAAUCUUGGGCACUUGAGUAUACAAUAUAUAGCUUUAUUGCAAGAUUUAUCUACUGACAGUUCUUCAAGUCCCAGUACGUGCUCGUUCUGCACGUGUAACAACUCGUGGGAGUUCAUUGAAUCACCUGCACAAACUGAAGACACUGAAAGAAAUGAUGACAAACAUGAAAAAAGUAAUUCACUUCGAUUAGUUACAGUGGUAAUGCGGCAUGGUGACAGAGCACCACAGGAUACUUAUCCAAAUGAUCCUUACCUUAAUAACACAAUGGAACCUUAUGGUUGGGGUCAACUAACAAAUGAAGGACGAAGAAAUCAGUAUAAUCAAGGACUUUUUUUACGAAAACGUUAUGGUCAUUUCCUGGGUCCAACGUACAGCCCUAACAUAUUUUAUUUACAAUGCACUGCGGUUGAUCGUACAAAAAUGUCUGCAAUGUUAGAAGCAGCAGCUUUAUGGAAACCAACUAAGCAGCAAUCCUUUAAACCUGAUCUACCUUGGCAACCUGUUACUUUAUUUUAUCAACCACGUUCAGAAGAUACGUUGAUGCUAAUAUGGGAUACGUGUCCAAAAUAUACUAAAUUACGGCAAACAAUUAAUAAUUUACCGGAAGUUCAACAAGUUCAAGAAGAUAAUAAACAACUAUACGAAGAAUUGACAAACUUAACGGGUAUGGCAAUUUCAACCCCAGGCGAUGUAGGUUCACUUUAUUCAACGCUAACAGCAGAGAAACAUAUGAAAUUAAUUCUGCCAGAAUGGACUAAUGAUUAUUAUCCUGAUAAAAUGCUACCAUUGAUGUUAUAUGACCUUCAACUUAAUGUGUAUAAUGAUCCUUUAAAAAGGCUCAAAGGAGGGCCGUUUCUUAAAAAAAUUGUUACUGAUAUGUUGGCUAAAAAAGAGAACACUUUAGAACCUGAAGAAAGAAAAAUGUUUAUGUAUAUUGGUCAUGACAGUUCCAUUGUAAGUUUGUUAGAUGUUAUGCAAGUAUGGAAUAAUCAAGUACCGAAUUAUAAUAUCAUGACAAUGAUUGAAUUGCAUGAAGAUUGUCAUGGAUGGAAUGUUCAGGUUCUUCUAAGAAAUACGACUGAACGUGAACCAUAUCGCUUAACUAUUCCUGGAUGUACGACGAUUUGUCCUCUUGAAAAAUUUAUACAACUUUUGAAACCCAUGAUACCGGAUAAUUGGGAAGAAGAAUGCAAAGUUGAUGGAGAUUAUACUCUUCCACCCGCUCCAGUUCCUUGAAUGUUUUUAUUUUUGCGAAGUGAGCAAUGAGUACCUUUGUUAAAAUUUUGUGAAGCGGAAAUAAAUAUUUCAGAACGAAAC